GGCACCAGUUGCAGUUUUUUUCUGGAUGAACUUUUUGGAUUAACUCAGAGUUUUCUAUUCUUCUUCUUUUUCUACAUACUGCUUCAUCUCUCAGAUGAUAUCUUCCUCUCUGUUUCUAAGCUAGAGUUUCACUUUCCAGCUGCCGAUGCUGGACGUGCUGAUAAUAGGGGGAGGGCCUCAUGCCUUGACCCUGGCCUCCCUGUUAACCAGCUCAGACUCUCACACCGUGCCCACGAAUACAGACAUUUUGGAUGGUGUUGUUUUGAGUAAAAGCCGUCUGAAGAAUGGAAAGCCAAAGAAAAGGGGAAGAUACUCCACCAGUCACGCCGACGAGUAUGCGGCGGCCGCGGAGCCAAUGGCAUACGCUCCGUUACAGUUGAAAGUGGUGGAUUACUAUGGAGAGUGGACAGCCCUGUGGGAGAGGCAGUUUGCAGCACUGGGUAUACCUCACCUGCGCUCGCACACUCUGGUGCACACAGAUCCGCUGAACAAGAAAGCCUUGCAGGAAUUUGUUUUAAAGUAUGAACGCUUUAAGGAACUACAGUACCUCCCAGAACAAAUUUAUAUUGAUGAUGAAAAUGCCUUUUUCAAUGACAACCGUCUUGGCAAGAAAGACAAGAAGAAGCUUACAACUAACACCAGCCUUAGGAAACAUUUGUAUUUCAGCUUGCCAGGGACAAAACUCAGUAUGGACUUCUUUAAGGAACAGGUGUGCAAAUACCACCUCGAAAACCUCCUGUUCAAAGGAACAGUGGAGAGAAUUAUUCCAGUUUUAGGAACUCAGUCACCUGCAUUACAAGUGACAGACAACCAGAGAAAGGCACAGUACUUCAGAGUGGUGCUGCAGAGUGGAGAAACUAUUGAGACGAAGCAGGUGGUCCUGGCAACAGGUCCCACUAGGACCCAGAUGGCCAAUGUUCCUUCCUGGGUCAGUGCAAUCGGUGAGAGUUACCCAGAGGACCGUCUCCAGCACACAGUGCACCUAAUGCACGGCCAGCAGCUCAUACAGCAACAGGAAGAAAAACGAAUUAGCGAGGAACCGGAGGCAAACACCAGAGCUCCGCCUCUUGUGUGCCGGAGAGGAGAGAAGGUGAUGGUGAUUGGAGGAGGCCUGACGAGUGCGCACGUCAUCUCCCUCGCCCUGCAGCAGGGAGCUUGUCAUGUGACCUGGGUCAUGCGAAAACAUUUACAGCUGAAGCAGUUUGAUGUGGGUGAUGUCGAGGCUCUAAUUGGACGCUACUCCCACAUGGAACAUGGCAUAAAGUUGGAUGGGCUGGCAUACCUCCGUCAGUUUUAUAACGAGAGGAGUCUGCACAGGCGUCUUGCAAUGAUCCGCCGCGCCAGAAAGGGAGGUGCAGUAACCCCAGAGGCCUACGAGCACCUGCAGCCAUUCCUGGCCAGUGGAAGUGUGACUGUGAAAACCUACUGCCAGGUUACAGAGGCUAAGUGGUCUUACAAGGGACAGGUGUGGAAUGUUUGUUUGAGCAGUGGUGAGCACUGGACAGGGGAGAGAAUCUGGCUGGCUACAGGCUGUAAACUUGAUGUCACUCAAGAUCCUUUACUCAGCGAUGUCAUUAAAGAGUUCCCUAUUCAGGUCCUUGACGGUUGGCCUUCAGUCUCCGAGAAUCUGCAGUGGGCACCUGGCUGUGCCCUUUACCUGAUGGGACAGUAUGCCGCACUUCAGAUUGGGCCUCAUGCUGUGAAUCUGGCUGGAGGUCAGGCAGCGAGUGCGCGGAUUGCGAAGGCCAUUCUCAAUAAGCACCGAGCCGCUGGCGAAGAAAGCACAGCUCCAGACAGACACCUGGCAGCACAAACACGAGCUGAGGAAUACACUCGGCAGAUGCAUGGACUAAUGUGGCUGUGAUAUCGUGAGACUAGGUCACGAUGAAUGUCUUCCCCCUGAAAACAAAUCAUCACAAAUUCCAUUUGAACGGAAAAGACUUUUCAAAGCCCUCUAAACCCAUAGCCACAAAUGGAUUAGGUUCACAAAGACUGUGAACAAAUUUUAUGAUCAAUUUUCAUGUGAGAUUAAGAGUGUAUUGUAUUACCCCAUAUAAGGUGGCUCCCUCCAGUCUUCUCUUUAACCACAUGGUCACGCUAGGGUACACUUCAGUUACUCUCUCUAUCCCCCUUUCCCUCUCUCCCCUAGUGAUCAGCACUCACACUAUAAACUAAAGAGUAAUAAACCCCCCCUUUGAGGGAACUGAACUCCUGUUGCUGAAACCAGGCUGGAGACAGGAGGGAGGUUUAUUGCCCUUUAGUUCACAGUGGGUAUGCUGGUCACUAGGGGGGAGACAGAAAGGGGGGACAGCGAGUGAGAGUGACCGCACAGUCCCGUAGCACAACAUGUAGAGAAAGAGAAGUGUGGGGGAACCCCCCUUACACCCCCUUAGGGUAAGGCAGGAGGAAACAGAUGCAAGUCAGGGUCAAGGCUGUAAAGGAAGUGGGGCAGUUUAACACCAGGGGAGAGCGGAACACUGCAAUAUUUUAAAAUAAUGCCUAAAUUGUGGCACCUUUAUGUGUUGUGUUGUAAAUAAUGUGCAUUAUAUUACUGCUUUACUAGAAUACUCCAACUAAAACAUUAAGGGGUGCCCCUGCUGUCUGUAUAGCCAGUAUUACUGCAUCAUGCCUGAGAAAUCACAUACCAGACUGGAGAAAUCUGUAGGUUAUUUUUACAGCUUUGGUUUCUUGUAAAGUAAUGCUGCUAUCAUCAACGAGGAAGCAGUGUCUCGUAAUUACGUCUUACUAAGACCUACUACUGUACCAUGUCAGUCCCAUGCACUUUCUCGAGUCUGUAUUACACUACGAUAAGCUGUUUAUAUUAUAAAUAAAACUGCCAUAAA